GGGAGGCGAUGUAUCCAGCACCUCCUGUCACGAAUACUGUCUUCCAGGGCUGCGACAUCUUCGGAAACAAUAAUAAGUGAGUCUGAGAAAUUAGCAGAGAUGGAGAAUUCUCUGGUGUUCUUCAUCACUUUUCUGUGCGCAUCUUCGCUGAUUGCCACGAGCAGUCUGUCCUGUCAGAGGCCAAAGUGGAACUUGAAGAUCUGCCAAAUAAAGAAUUCGUCGGUCUUGGUGAAGUUCGAACGAGAGGUCGGGAAAACGUGGAUCCAUGAGGGGGAGAAUGUGAUACUCUUGCAGCUGAUCAACUUGAUGAUUGCACCCCAGGAGGAAAAUAGUUUCGAGAUCAUCGAGGCUGAGGACUUGGGGAGAAUACCAAAAUUGUUCGCCCUCAGUCUGAACAACACAAAAAUUCGAGGAUCAUCUCCUUUUCGUGAUCAGCGAUACCUCAGGACAGUUCAACUCGUCAACAAUCAGUUUCAAGAAUUCCCUCGGGAGUUCUUCCAGGGAAUUCCCGACGUGCGAUUCUUGGGGAUUCAAAAGCAAAAUAUUGGAGGAAUAUACCGUUCAUCGUUCUCAAAUAUCUCAGAACGUCUGGAGAAAUUUUAUUUCCAGGCGAAUCAGCUGAGAAUCAUUGGACCCAAUACUUUCUCCAAGUUCACGAUCCUGGAAACUCUGGAUUUGACGAGCAACAAGUUGGAGGUGUUGAAGGCUACCAUGUUCUCUGGUCUUGAUGGUCUGGAGACUCUCUCGUUGGAUUGCAAUCGGAUAAAUAGGAUUGAUCCUCAAACUUUCUCAGCCCUCAGGAAUUUGAAAAUCCUCAACUUGGCGAACAACCUGUUGACGACUUUAGGAUCUGCUCUGUUCAAACCUCUGCGUUAUCUGAAGAGUCUUCAAUUGAGUUCCAAUAAAAUAGAGAAGAUUCUUCCAGGGACUUUUGACGGCUUGAUUUAUCUCCGGAAAUUAUUUCUAACGGGCAAUAAGUUCCAUGUGCCAGAGACCUUUUUUGCGGAUCUGCGAGGUUUGGAAAUUCUGAAAGUCUAUGGGAGAGACUUUCAAUCUAGCGAUCGAUGUGACGUUUUGGAACCGAUGGAUCCUCCCAGAUCAAUUCCAAUGAUCGAUCCUGAUAUAACGGGAUAUGGAUCGAUCGUCAAUCGAUUUUUAAUACCCGAAAGUGAAUAUUUAUUCAGUUCAGGGGAGAAGUCGUAUUACAAUUAAUAUAUUAUAAUUAUAGAUUCGAUCAAAUUAUCAAUAUUACUAAUAAUUCUAUUUAUAAUUUGUUCGUAUCGAUCGCAGACUAGAGUGGAUUUAAAAAAUCAAUCAAAAGAUUUAUAUAAUUAUCAUUCUCCAAUUAAUUAUCAGAACAGAUCGUUUAUAUUUAUUGAAUAAUUCAGUGGGGAGAAAGGAAAGAUAAGGAGUCGACUCAAUUAAUAAUUAAUUGAUUAAUUAUAUUAUUAGUUCGAUAUUAUUUAUUUAUUUAAGAUAGAAUUAUUAGUAGAAUCGAAGGAAAUGAAUUGAAUGUUUAAUUAUUUAACUUUAAAUUCGAGAGAAUUGUUUUUCUAUUUGUUUAAUUACUUUUAUUAUAUAUUAUUCAUUUAUUUAUUUAAAUAUGUACGGGGAUUUCGGUGCGGGAAUGGCGAAGGAUUUUCACUUUUCAUUAUUUUUUUUUUUUUAUUAAGUAAUUGAGGGUUUUUGAAUUUCUCACGAAUUCUUUUUAAAAACCGCAUGAUUUCAAAUAUAAUGACGAAGUAAACCCGAGAGUCAGGAGUUACCCUAACGGUAUUAUGAAAUUCCCAGACAAAACUCGUUCCCGACUCCUGAUUCCUCGGACGUCUCUCCGGCCUUCAAUUAAAACCGAAAAAUAAAAAAUCAGAA